AUGAGCCUCCCUAAGAUACUCGUCAUACAAGAGACUAUCCGUGAUCUCCUCCACCGCUGCGCAUACCGGUCUCCCAAGAGUGAAACGGAUCACGCGCUUCGCCGCGAGCUUGCGGAGGAGGUAGCCAAAUGGGACACAGAUCUCCCGCCGGCUGCCAUCGGCAAGUUGGUCCACGCAAGCUGCAGCGUGGUAGAGACCAUGUAUGGACACACGCCCGCAGCGCACAGGGGCUACAUUGGACUCUAUACUGCCUGUAUAAUCUACGCGGACGACGUCGGCGAGCAGGACCCAGACGCGCUCAAGCUGUUCACGCAGCGCUUCGCUCGGUCGGAGCCGCAGCCCAACGCGGUGUUCGAGUGCCUAGCGGGCCUGCUCCGACAGGCGUACGACCUGUGGCCGCAGUUCGGCGCGGACUGCAUCAUCUCGGGCACGCUCGACGCGAUUUCGGCGAACUACAUCGAGUGCACGACGCACGAGAUGAGGGCCAAGCCGCUCGCGACGUGCUAUCCCACGUACCUGCGUCAGCGGGCGAGUUUCGGGCCCGCGUUCACGAGCUUCAUGUUCCCGAACACCUGGCGGGCAACCCCCGAGUCGUACAUCCAAAUUUUACCUGACAUAGAAUCCUGGACGCUCGGCGUAAAUGACAUUCUGUCGUUUUACAAGGAAGAGCUCGCUGGGGAAGACAACAACUACAUUCACCUCCGCGCGGCGGCUGAGCAGGUCCCCACCGACAAAGUGCUCCGCAAUCUGGUUGAGGAAGUCUCAAACACCACCUUACGCGUGGGAAAGGUCGUGGCGGACGAUGCGGAGCUGUCUAAGAUGUGGUCGAGAUAUAUGCUGUGCUCCUUGGAGUUCCAUCUCAAGACGCGGCGUUACCGCCUCGAUGAACUUGGAUUCACAGCGUGA